AUGACAAGGAAGCUAUUUACGGCCACGGUUGCCAUCUCACUGGUUAUCCUGGCCACAUCCUGGCUCCAAGGAACCAACGCCAUCAAGUUCGAGUUGCCUGGUGAGGAUGCCUCUGAUGCCACCCCUAUUUGUAUUUCACAUUUCGUCGAGGAAGAGACACAGGUGGUUGUUAAGGUCAAGGCCGGCCCUGGUCCCCACCAGAAGGUUUCCCUCGAGGUGACCGACGACAGCUCUCAUAUGAACCAGCUUUGGAGGAAGGACAAUCUGUCGGGAGAUGUCCAAAAGGGUGCUUUCUUGAACAAAGAGGCCGGCGAUGUCGUUGCUUGUUUCACAAACGUCCUUGCCGAUGGAUACAAACCCGAUCCAAAAUACACGCGUACGGUUGAUAUUGAUUUUGAGAUUGGAUCAGAGACCAUUGAUUAUGCGAAAUUAGCUGAGCAGGAAAAGCUGAAGCCCAUGGAGGUCGAAUUGCGUAAGCUAGAGGAUCUCGUCAAGGAUAUCCUCGAUAACAUGGAGCAUCUCCAGGCACGCGAGGCGAGGAUGCGUAAUACCAAUGAAUCUACAAACGCACGCGUGCAAUGGUUCUCGACCUUGACCAUGUGCGUCCUCGUGGCGCUAGGACUAUGGCAGAUCUUCUACCUGAAGCGCUUUUUCCGCAAGAAGAGACUUAUUGACUAA